AUGCCCGCUUUGAACAGCUGUGUCAGGAGUUUUGGAGGACAAAUCCAGAGCAGAAGCCCUGAAGCUACCAUGCCUGUGGAGUCUUGGACCCAAACUACCGCACCACAGGACCGACUCCACUCUGGGCUGGGAACCCAAGUGAAGGCACUAUCUACCAAUCGCCAGAUCACACAACGGUUCUUCGUAAGCCAAAGCUUUCACGGACCCGCAAAUCUGCUGCACACAGCAGGAAGAUCUCUAGAGAAGCUGAUAAGGCUCCUUUUAAAGCAUGGGAUUUCGGAGCUGCAGAGUGCAGGCGCAGCCCACCACAUAUGA